ACAAAGAGAAUGCUGGCUGGAAACAACUCCUUGGUUACCGAAUUUAUUCUUGCUGGAUUGACUGAUCAUCCCGAGCUACAACAGCCUCUAUUUUACCUGUUUCUAAUGAUCUAUAUUGUCACCCUGGUGGGCAACUGUGGCUUGAUCACUCUUAUUGGUCUAAAUUCUCACCUCCACACCCCUAUGUAUUAUUUCCUCUUCAACCUCUCCUUCAUUGACCUUUGUUACUCUUCUGUUUUCACCCCCAAAAUGUUGGUGAACUUUGUAUCAGAGAAGAACAUCAUCUCCUAUGUUGAGUGCAUGACUCAGCUGUUUUUCUUUCUCUUUUUUGUUAUCUCUGAAUGCUAUAUGUUGACCUCAAUGGCAUAUGAUCGCUAUGUGGCCAUCUGUAACCCCCUGCUGUACAAGGUCACCAUGUCCCAUCAGCUGUGUUCUGUGCUGGCUUUUGCUGCGUAUGUGAUGGGACUUGCUGGAGCCACUGCCCACACAGGGUGCAUGCUUAGACUAACCUUCUGCAAUGCCAAUGUCAUCAACCACUACUUUUGUGACAUACUCCCUCUUCUCCAACUUUCUUGCACCAGCACCUAUGUCAAUGAGGUGGUAGUUCUCAUUGUUGUGGGCAUUAAUAUCACAGUACCCAGUUUCACCAUCCUCAUUUCUUACAUUUUCAUCCUCACUAGCAUUCUUCAUAUCCAAUCUACUCAAGGACGAUCCAAAGCCUUCAGCACCUGUAGUUCUCAUAUUGUUGCUAUUUCCCUCUUCUUUGGAUCAGCAGCAUUCAUGUACCUUACAUACUCUUCUCCUGAAUCUAUGGACCAAGGAAAAGUUUCUUCUGUUUUCUACACUAAUGUAGGACCAAUGCUCAAUCCUCUGAUCUAUAGUUUGAGGAACAAGGACGUCAAAGUUGCAAUGAGGAAAGCCCUAAGUAAACUUCAGAUGAGAAAUCUAUUAUAA